AUGCCCCCGCUUACGCCAGUCUCCAAUGACGUCACGGAAGCGGCCGCUAAAGCCGGUGCCAAUGCCGGUGCCAAAGCUGGCCGCAAAGCUGGCCGCAAAGUCGGUGCCAAAGCUGGUGCCAAAGCUGGUGCCAAAGCUGGCCGCAAGGCUGGUGCCAAAGCUGGCCGCAAAGCUGGUGCCAAAGCCGGUGCCAAAGCCGGUGCCAAAGCCGGUGCCAAAGCCGGUGCCAAAGCCGGUGCCAAAGCUGGCGCCGAAGCAUGCCGCCUAGUUGGCCCAGAACCAAACCCUGGCCCCGAUACUGACGCCAGCCCUGACCAAAUCCCUGUGGAUGCUCGUGGCCCCGAUACUGAAGCCAGCCCUGACCAAAUCCCUGCGCAAAACCCUGUGCAAAUCCCUCGGCAGGUCCCUGACCAAAUCCCUGUGGAUGCUCAUGGCCCCGAUACUGACGCCAGCCCUGACCAAAUCCCCGUGCAAAUCCCUCGGCAGGUCCCUGACCAAAUCCCUGUGGAUGCUCGUGGCCCCGAUACUGACGCCGGCCCUGACCAAAUCCCUGUGGACGCUCGUGGCCCCGAUACUGAAGCCAGCCCUGACCAAAUCCCUGUGCAAAUCCCUCGGCAGGUCCCUGAGCAAAUCCCUGUGGAUGCUCGUGGCCCCGAUACUGACGCCGGCCCUAACCAAAUCCCUGUGGAUGCUCGUGGCCCCGAUACUGACGCCAGCCCUGACCAAACCCCUCAGCAAGUUCCUGUGCAAACACGUGGCCCCGAAACUGACGCCAGCCCUGGCCAAAUAUCCAGGGCCGAAGCAGAACGCCCGCGAAUUUCGGCCGAAGCAGGAGGCUAUGCUUACAACGGUAACACUAAUGAGAACGGUGAGAACGGUUUCCAUAACAGAGUGGUGACGAUACUCCCCAUACCUAACGAUACUCCCUCCAUGGAUAACCCGUCUCUCGAAACCUCAACCAUGAGUGAAGAAAUUAACAGAUGCAAGAACGCUGUCCAACAGCCGCUGUGGCAUAUCAAUCGCAUUUCCAGCUUUACCGGUCUGACUGAUGAAUUGAGAGCGUUGUACAAGCGAUAUGCGAAUGAUGUCUCGAAAAAUGGGAAACUCGAUAACGAGUCAAUGGAACUUGUGAUCCAACACAUCUGCGAACAAUUGUUGCAGGAGGACAUUGAUACGCAAAAGACCAAAAUUUUGCUUCAAUUUUUGCUGGAUGCCACCCGUCACCCAUGGUUUCACAAGGCUAUCAUCCUGCUUCACAUCGUGUCUUUGUUGGGGGAGCUUGCGGGUGUGCUCUUGGUGCGAGACCCUGCCAUCGCUAAGUUGUUGCCGACCGUGUUCAUGCACAUUUUUCGAAUUGUCGCAGACAAUUACAGAGGCAUGGUUGAGAAGGCCUUGUUGGACGCGGUAUCAAAAAUUACUUCACCACCGUUGCUUCUGGCUGUCUUGCCAAUUGUAUUGGUGGGCGAUUUUGACUUGACGCUGCACACCGCCAUCGCCCAGGUUCAAGCCAUUUUGUCCAAAGCCGAGGAAGUAUGCCAAAUGCUGCCCUCGGAACUGUUGGACCUUUUCGGUGGCAAUCUCGACGAGGACAUCAAGAAGGCGAUAUUGAACACUGGCGCUUCUCCGCUGCCGCCGCAACCAUCGCCACCACUCGAAUCCACGCCGCUGUCUCGUAAAAGACGCAACCCCGCUGACCCUGACUCCAACAAGAAGCCUCGAAACAACAACCUGCCUCCGCCGCCUGUUGCUGGCCCUCUGCGUCCCGUUGGGCAGCCCCGCAUCGACACAGUGGCAAGUCCUUCGAACCCUGCGGUUCAGAUUCAACCCAUCAUCAGUGGCUUGCCGCACAACACGACUGUCCGCAACUUGUUCAUCAUCAAUAGCAUCGUGAACUCAGAAUACUCGGCACUCUCAGGUGCCACCCAGGAUUCGACCGACCACGAGAUUUUCAUAAUCGAUAGCGACGACGACGACAAUGGCGACGGUGACGAAUAA